AUGGCGAAAGAACUCCAAAAACAAAAUGAAGCUAAAAAAGAGAAAGAAACUGUUGAGACAUCUAAUGUUCAAAAUACAGUACCAAUAGUGACUGAAGCAGUUGUUGAUCCUCCUAAAGAAACAAAUCAAGAAUCAGAAGAAUCGUAUGUGGAGCUGGAUGACGAUGAAGAAAAUGAAGAAGAUGAAGAAGAAACUUUAGAUUUCAGUGAAGAUGAUGAUGAUGAUGAUAUUGAAUUUUAUGAUCAUUUUUAUGAUGAUGACGAUGAUAAUCAAGGUGGUGCUAGUGUUUCUACUAGCAAAAUCAACAAAGAGAUUGAUUCUGGAAAUUCGAAAAGUCAACCAAAACAGAUAACCUCACACAAAGAUGGAGAAAGUUCAAAAGGACAGGGGGAAAUAACUACAGGAAUCAUCACAGACGCAAAACCAUUUACGUCUGUUCCGUUUAGUCAAGUUGCUUCACAAUUUCUAGAUAAGAUUAUGUUGUUGAAGAAGAAGAGUUUCUACAUAAUUAUUCCAAGGAAGAACUUGCAAGACUAUGGAAUACCAGAAGAAGAGUUUGUGUUUGAUUUUGAAGCAGGUUUAGAAGAUAUGAGUAAAGAAGAUAAUGAAAGUGAACAUGUUUUUGAACCGGUUGCUAAUGCAGAUGAGUAUGAUCGUGUUGAGAUUGAAGAUAUUAGAGAUGAUGAAAUUCGUUAUGCUAACAAUAUAGAUGAAGAUUUACCUACUUUCAACGAAUAG